GAGUCAGUCAUGCGCCACAGUCAAGACUUCUUCGCUCUGCCAACUGAAACAAAGGAGAGAUACGGGGGGGACAUUAGAGGGUUGAACCGCGGCUACGAGAGACUACGAGCCCAGAACUUCGAGAAGCAGACCCAGGGAGAUUUGAAAGAGGGAAUCUACUACUCACUCGAUGACCCGUACGUUAUGGCACGCAAACUCGGCCAGGGACCGAACAAGUACCCAGUUGAGGUCACCGAUCCACUCGCAUUCCAGAACAUAAUGGAUGACGGCCACGCUGCCCUUACCGCGCUGGCCAUGGGGAUCAUGCAAAUAAUUGCGCGCACACUGCAUUUAGAUGAGGAUGUAUUCUAUGAUUUCUGUGAACAUCCAGUAGCCGUGCUGCGUCUGCUUCACUACCCUCCGCAGGAGUCCGAGGCAGCGGAUGAUGAGAGAGACACGGGCGCGCACACCGACUUUGGCGAUCAGAAAGAAAGAUUAUGA